AUAAUUUUAUAUCAUAUUAACAUCCUCUCAAUUCUCACCGUUUACCCUUCCUUUUCAAUUGCUCUUCUCCAAUGGCGGAAGCUGGCUCUGGGUUAGCCUCUGCUACAAGAACAUGUAGGGUGCCGGAACGAGCAAAGCUGCAUAUUGCCAUGACAAUUUUUCAGCUUGGUUAUGCCGUGAACCAUGUAAUUAUGAGAGUUGCUCUUAAUAUGGGUGUAAGCAAGCUAGUUUUCCCAUUUUAUAGGAACAUCUUAGCCCUGCUUGCCUUGGCUCCCUCUGCUUAUUUCCUAGAAAAGAAAAAGAGACCAGCACUGACUAUUUCUUUUUUGAUACAAUUCUUCUUUCUUGGAUUUAUAGGAAUAACUUUGAAUCAAGGAUUUUACAUAUUUGGCUUAGACAACACAUCGCCUUCAUUGGCUUCUGCUACUGAGAAUUCUGUCCCAGCUGUGACUUUUAUCAUGGCUGCCUUACUUAGAAUGGAACAAGUACACUUGGAUCGUAAAGAUGGAAUAGUCAAGGUGCUAGGGACUAUUGCUUCAGUAGCUGGAGCUUUAGUAAUAACGCUUUAUAAGGGACCAACUGUUUACACUCCAAAUUCACCCUCAAACAAGCCACAUUUUUCAUCUUUAGGAGAUGCUGAAGGGAAGAACUGGGCAAUCGGUUGCUUAUGUCUCGUUGGCCAUUCCCUUUGUUGGUCAAGCUGGAUUGUGUUACAAGCACCGGUCCUAAAGAAAUACCCAGCUCGCCUCUCUUUCGUUUCAUACGCUUGCUUUUUCGCUGUUUUGCAAUUCGGAGCGAUUGCAGCCACCAUUGAAAGAGACCCCCGGUCUUGGCAAGUUCACUCCGGCAGCGAAGUCUUCACUAUUUUCUAUGCGGGACUCGUAGCUUCAGCAAUGGUGUUUGCUAUACAAAUAUAUGUUGUUGAUAGAGGAGGCCCUUUGUUUGUCUCAAUGUAUUUGCCUCUGCAAACCUUACUUGCGGCUUUAAUAGCCACUGUUACAUUGGGUGAAGAAUUCUACUUGGGAGGGGUAGUAGGAGCAGCAUUGAUAAUAGCUGGAUUGUAUCUGGUUAUCCUAGGAAAAAGUGAAGAGAGCAAGUAUCUGUCUGAAAAUGAACCAAUUUAUUCAGUGUCUGAAAAUAAUGACAUGGAAUCCACCUUCAUUCGGCCAUUGCUGGGAAAUAAAUUGCAGAGCUGAGGCAAAUGGAUGAAUUUUCAUAUCAGCUCCAUGGCAAAGUCAGUCAUCCAAUCCACACUAAUGCCAUUGAAGCAGCCUGCUGCUAUUGAAAUUGAAGGACAGCAGACGUGAAUGACGGAGUUUCCAACAAUUGAAAUGGGAAAAAGAAAAGUUGAAUUGUUUUGAUCAACAUGCAUCAUGGAUGACAUAUGAAAUCAUUUUUUAUUAUUAAUUUUGAAUGGAACACAGAGGGUGCCUUCUCUGAGCUCUAACAGCCAUGCUUAUGUAUUUAUUUAUGUUUAUUUGACCCUGUUGGUUUGGAUCAUCAUUUUGUCUAUUGUUGUUAUUUUAUGAUAUUAGUGAAUAUGAAGUACACACCUAUUUCCAAAUUUUAAUAA